CGCACCAAGCACGCAGUUUGUUUUGCACAGUCAAGCUUUGUCGGUCUUCGGCACCGUUCGAGACAGCUCCUCACAUCCUUUGAGCUGCUCCUGGAUGGAGAUCCUCGACAUCACUUGCCGGCGAAGACGAACGAAACUCCACGUCUCGAAUCGUCCUCCUUCCCACCAGUCAUUGGAACGGGAUGCGUCGCUCGUAAGCAGCACCUGUUCUCCACAACCGAGGGGUCUCUUUUCAUCUGAUCAAACCCUGCACGAACUGCAAACUCCAAACUGUCUCGAGUCCUCGCCUACAUCGCCUGAAGGGAGCCGCUGAAACUGGGCACCUGUGAAGGGAAAUCAGAUAAGCGCUGCGCCCGCCCGACCCCGAGAAACCAACCCAUCUGAAGUUUGAACACACAGAGGAGCGUCAGCACUUUCCACUCUUCAGCGUC